UUCGUUUCAAUUGUUCGCAGUUAACACAAGAUGUUGGUGGAAGUACUGCUGGCCGCGGCCGCGGUGCUGGUGCUGUGGAUGCUGUUCAAAAAUGACGAAGAUCCGCUAGAUAAGGUGCCGGGACCACCGAAGAGGCCGAUCAUAGGCAACGCUUGGGAGAUCUUCAGACAUCCUCCAGAUAAAUUCCUGUACCUGUUAAGGGACAACUGGAAGGAACAUGGCAACCGAUUUGUGUUCAAGAUAUUAGGACUACGAGUGUUACACGUUGCUGGACCUGAAGAUAUUGAGGUGGUGCUCUCGCAUACGAAGAAUAUUAAGAAGAGUAUAGUGUACAGGUUCCUGAAGGACUGGCUCGGGGAUGGAUUACUUCUGAGCACCGGAGCGCACUGGCACGCGCGCCGCAAGAUCCUGACUCCGACCUUCCACUUUAACAUCCUGAAGAGUUUCUCCAUCAUCAUGGAGGAGAAGGUGCAGGAUAUGGUGGAAAUGCUGAAGACGAAGAAUGGCGAGGCGCUAGAUGUGAUGCCCAUGGUCAGUGACUUCACACUCUUCACUAUUUGUGAAACGGCAAUGGGUACCAAAUUGGACAGCGACAAGACAUCAAACGCAAAGGACUACAAAGCUGCUAUCCUUAAGAUCGGGAUGACGACACUGAGCAGGACCACGAGGUUCUGGCUGCACAACGACACAAUAUUCAACCUGUCCUCACACGGCAAGCAGUUCGCACAGUACUUGGAGACAGUGAGAUCUUUCGCCGACAAGGUUAUAGCAGAACGGAAAGAAGAGAGAGCUCAGAAACAGAGUCUUCAGAGGCAGGAGUCAGUCGAUGGCGUUGGGACUAAGAGGAGAAUGGCCAUGCUGGAUCUACUGCUGGAGGCGCAGGAGAAAGGGCAGAUCGAUAUCGAAGGGAUCCGGGAUGAAGUCAACACUUUCAUGUUUGAGGGUCACGAUACAACAGCAAUGGCUAUCACUUUCGGUCUGAUGCUACUGGCUGAUCACGCAGACGUGCAGGAGCGCGUUUUUGAAGAGGUGCAGAGCAUCCUAGCUGGUGCUGAUCGGCCCGUAACCCUGGCUGACUUGACGGAGAUGAAGUAUAUGGAAGCUGUCAUCAAAGAAAUCCUGAGGAUCUAUCCAAGUGUACCGAUCAUAGGACGAGAGGCAGUCGAAGAUUUUAAGUUAGGCGAUCUCCUUGUAAAGAAAGGAUCCACGAUAGACGUGCAGAUCUACCUGCUGCACCAGAACCCGGAGCUGUUCCCCGAGCCAGAGCUGUUCAAACCUGACCGGUUCCUGGAGGGAGAAGCGAGGCAUCCAUAUGCCUACGUGCCUUUCAGCGCUGGACCUCGGAACUGCAUCGGUCAACGCUUUGCUAUACAAGAGAUGAAGAUUACCCUGAGCGAGAUCGUCCGUAACUUCAAGCUGGUCCCUAAAGUAAAGGGCUUUAGGCCUACUCUGAUGGCAGACCUCGUGUUGAGACCCGUCGAUCCAAUUAACGUUAAAUUCCUUUCGCGUUAGAUGCUCAAUUAGUAAGGGAAGAUCGGUUCCUGAGGCCUUCAAGUAAAAGUGCUGCCGUAUGGAAGAGAAUUGCUGCUCUACUCCAAUUAGUUCGCUGUCUUGCUUUCUUAAAAGUCUUACUUUAAGACGUGGUGGUCUUCUGAAAACCACAUGCAAGAUUCGAAGGAACAAAGUUGAUUAUGAGAAAUUAUGUAAAUUAUAUCAAGAACGUCAUUGUCUUAAUGAAAGUAGUGACAAUAGUGGACAUGUUCUCAAAAGAAUUUUGUCUCAAUCACUUUUCCGUCUUCCAAAAGUUUAAUCAUUUUAUGUUAGUGUUUGAUUUGCGUCCUCUCGACCUUAACAACAUUUCCGAGCUAUCCU